AUCUAAUUCUUCUCUUCACGUCCUUUCUCCUCUUUUAUCAUUUAAAAAACGAAGCCGAUUCAAAUACUCUUUCAUCCUCUUCCAUUGAUCAGUUUCAAAGAGAGAAAGAGACGAUCACCAAUUCCAAUGGAUUUAGAUAUGGACAACGGAGGAAACAAGAGAGUCUUCAACAGACUCGGCGCCUCCUCUAACCAGAAAGUUUGUUACCACUGGCGUGCCGGCCGCUGCAACCGCUACCCUUGCCCUUACCUCCACAGAGAAUCACCUAGUCCAUCUCCAUUCUCCGGAUCAUCGUCUUCUUCCAACAACAACAAAAGUGAUGACUCUGGUUUCGCGGGUUCGAGUAACCACAGGAGAGGACCCGGGAGUGCUAAUAACAGCUGGGGGAGAUUCGGUGGGAACAGAACGGUGACUAAGACUGAGAAGCUUUGUAAGUUUUGGGCUGAUGGGAAUUGUCCUUAUGGGGAUAAAUGUAAAUACUUGCAUUGUUGGAGCAUUGGGGAUAGCUUCCCUUUGUUGACUCAGCUUGAUGGCCAUCAAAAGGUUGUUACUGGGAUUGCUUUGCCUUCAGGUUCUGAUAAGCUUUACACUGCUAGUAAAGAUGAAACUCUGCGGAUUUGGGAUUCUGCUUCUGGACAGUGUACAGGUGUACUCAAUCUUGGUGGGGAAGUUGGUUGCUUGAUUAGUGAAGGCCCCUGGCUAUUGGUUGGCAUGCCGAAUCUUGUUAAGGCGUGGAAUAUCCAAACCAAUGUGGACCUGAGUCUCAAUGGACCUGUUGGCCAAGUAUAUUCACUGGUUGUGGGUACUGAUCUGUUGUUCGCUGGCGCACAAGAUGGCUCUAUUUUGGUAUGGAGAUACAAUACUGCCACUAGCUGUUUUGAUCCCGCUGCAUCACUUACGGGCCACACCCUUGCAGUUGUUUCUUUACAUGUUGGAGCUAACAGACUCUACUCCGGUUCCAUGGACAAUUCUAUUAAAGUUUGGAGCCUGGAUAAUCUGCAGUGUAUACAAACGCUUACAGAUCAUACUUCAGUUGUCAUGUCUCUCAUUUGCUGGGAUCAAUUCCUUCUCUCAUGUUCAUUGGACAAUACUGUGAAGAUAUGGGCUGCUACUGAAGGUGGAAACUUAGAAGUGACAUACACUCACAAAGAAGAAUAUGGCGUGUUAGCUCUCUGUGGUGUGCAUGAUGCAGAAGCCAAACCGGUAUUGCUAUGCUCCUGCAACGACAAUACCUUGCACCUAUAUGACUUGCCAUCGUUUACGGAAAGGGGCAAGAUAUUAGCAAAGCAAGAGAUACGGUCGAUCCAGAUAGGUCCCGGGGGUUUAUUUUUCACCGGUGAUGGAACUGGUCAAGUUAAAGUAUGGAAGUGGAGUACACAACCAACUGCUAUUCAUCCUUAAGGUUUGGAACAGAGCCCUUGUUCCUCGCCAUUGUUUUACAUAUCUUUCUUCUGAUCCGAGUGUCUAUUUAUUCUUUUUUUUAUAUUCCAUCUUGUGAGAAUCAUUAGUAGCAUUGUUGAAAUGCUUAUGCAUCAAAGAGUUAAUUGAGAAUUGUCUGUAAAUGUUUGUCAAAUGGUCGUUCCGAUUGUAAAAUAACCGUUGGUUAC